AUGGCUGAGUCCUACAUUCAGCCGGGAGAUGCUUACGGACGUGGAGACGGCCGCGGACAGGGCGUUCUGGGAAGUAUUUCAAACUCAGGCUAUGCCGGUCAGACACCGCUUAUUCAAGGUACUCCCGUAUCACAGGCUGGUGGACCUCAGCAGGGCGCUGUUCUGAUGGUCUACGGUCUGAAUCACACCGUCAUGAACUGCGAGAAGCUCUUCAACCUGCUCUGCCAGUACGGCAACGUCGUUCGGGUCAAGUUUCUGAAGAGCAAGGAGGGCUGCGCCAUGGUGCAGAUGGGCGACUCGGCGUCGGUGGAGCGGGCCAUUGCCUCCCUGAACAAGGUCUCCUUCUUCGGGCACGAGAUGCAGCUGGGCUUCUCCAAGCAGGCAUUCCUCAACGACGUCAAGCAGCCCUUUGACCUGCCCGACGGCAGCUGCUCCUUCAAGGACUACAUGGGCAAUCGCAACAAUCGCUUCACCAAUCCGGAAUCGGCGCUGAAGAACCGCAUCUCCCACCCGGCGGACGUGCUGCACUUCUUCAACGCCCCCUACGGCAUUCAGGAGCAGGACAUUAUUAACAUUUUCGACGAGUACUGUCCGAACAACAAGCCCGUUAGUGUCAAGUUCUUCCAGUCGAAAA